CCUGACCCACCGCCAACACCACCACCUCCACCACUGCCAAACCCUUCUCCACCAACUCCGCCACCUGCACCUCUACCAACACCACCUCCUGCUCCGAACCCACCACCCUUUCCAGCACCACUACCAACUCCUCCACCUUUACCACCUCCAAAACCUUCUCCAUCCCUGCACCACCACAACACCGCCUCCGGCUCCAAACCCUCCACCUUUUCCAACACCACCACCAACUCCUCCACCUUCACCGCCUCCAAAACCUCCUCCACCCCUUGCACCACCACCUACUCCACUCCCUGCACCACCACCAACACCACCUCCAGCUCCAAACCCUCCACGUUUUCCAGCACCACCACCAAUUCCUCCACCUUUACCGCCUCCAAAACCUCCUCCGCCACCUGCAGCUCCACCAACACCACCUCCUGCUCCAAACCCACCACCCUUUCCAGCACCACCACCAAAUCCUCCACCUUUACCACCUCCAAAACCUCCUCCACCACCUACUCCACCCCUGCACCACCACCAACACCACCUCCGGCUCCAAACCCUCCAUUUUUUCCAGCAGCACCACCAACUCCUCCACCUUCACCGCCUCUGAAUCCUCCUCCGCCACCUGCACCACCACCUACUCCACCCCUGGCACCACCACCAACACCAACACCAACACCACCUCCUGCUCCAAACCCUCCACCUUUUCCUGCACCACCACUAAAUCCUCCACCUCCACCACCUCCAAACCUCCUCCAACUCCACCUAACCCUCGCCCUUCCUUUCCCCUACUACCACAGUUUCAUGACACCAAAGCAUUAG